GCGCGAACUCCAUUGGAUAAAAGGAAAGACAAACCCCCAAAAAAACAUCAUACCGUAAUAAAUCUGCAAACAUCAACAAUGGCGGACGACGAUACUGCAUCACUUCAAAACAAUCCUCACGAUUUCGGAAAAUUGCUUCACGGGUGCAAUCAUUACCGGAGACGAUGCAAAAUUCGUGCUCCUUGUUGCAAUCAGAUAUUCUUCUGCCGCCAUUGUCACAAUGAAUCCACGAGCGGAUUGACAAACCCUAAGGAACGCCAUGAAAUUGUUCGCCAUGAUGUUAAGCAAGUUAUUUGUGCAAUUUGCAAUACUGAACAGCAGGUUGCUCAGGUGUGUACGAACUGUGGAGUGAAAAUGGGGGAAUACUUUUGUGGGAUUUGCAAGUUUUAUGACGAUGAUAUUUCAAAAGAACAGUUUCAUUGCAAUGACUGUGGAAUAUGUAGAGUUGGUGGUGGUACAAAAUUCUUUCAUUGCCAAAAGUGUGGAUCUUGCUACGAUGUAACAUUGCGUGAUAAUCAUGCAUGUGUGGAGAACUCUACAAAAAACCACUGCCCUAUAUGUUAUGAGUUUCUUUUUGACUCGAUCAAGGGAGCAACAAUCAUGAAUUGUGGGCACACUAUGCAUAUGGAUUGCUAUAAGGAGAUGAUCAGCCAAAAUCAAUAUCGUUGUCCCAUUUGCUCAAAGUCGGUGUGCAGAAUGUCUAGAACCUGGCAAAGAUUAGAACAUGAGAUUGAAGCUACUGCCAUGCCUGAAGAAUACCGGUAUGAGAUUCCGAUUCUGUGCAACGACUGUAACAAUACUAGCAAAGCAUCCUUUCACAUCAUCGGCCACAAGUGCAACCACUGUAAGUCUUAUAAUACCCGAAGGAUUGGAACAGUAACCAACUCGUUGGAGAGACAAAUUUAACGUAAACGGUAAUCGAAGACCUCCCGAAAAAUCCAAGGGGGCGAACUUACCAAGACAGCCCCCGGGUGCACGUGCUAGUUCCCAACUGACUCGUUGCAAUGGAAAAAAAAAAAUUAGAUGCCAAAAAGGGGCACCCACGUUGCAUUGAUACGUGUUCCUCUAAGUUAGAAAAAAGUUGUUGUAGUCUACUGUUAGUGUCAUUACAUCUAAUAUUAUA